UAUUCUGAAUCAAAACAUAAAUCGCAACAUCAUUGUGUAUAAAUCAAGUCACUCUAUGACUUUAAAAAGUCAAGUUGAUUGUGGUACAACUUGCUAGGUGAGUUCCUUCCACAGAAGGAUGUCUCCCAUAUUGAUGAUUUCACCUAUGUGACCAUAGUAAAAUCCCAUUGGUUUUAUACAUCUCAUGUGGCACAUAUCAAAACAGGCAGUCAUCAUAUAAGACGGAAUUUGAGAUGAAAGAUUUGGGCAAGACCAAAUUAUGCUUAAGUCUAUAACUUAAGCACACACAUCAGUCUUCCGAUAUUCAUUUGAUAUUAUAUACCAAUAUCCAAAUAAUAUUGGACAAUCAUACUGCCAAUAAUAUGAUCAUUCAAUCCCUAAAUAUGGAUCAACAUCCAUUCUGACCCUUGGGAUAACGACCUUAGUGCCAUCAAAGCGUUCAUGUAUCUUGCAUAUCACAAUAGGUCAAUUAAGAUGCUUGCUAUAGCUUAAAAACAAUGCAACUCCUAUAACACCGAAAGGUGGGAGUCAAAGUGGAUAUCUACAUAUAUCUAUAUGGCACAAAGGAUCUUAAUUUAUUAUUAUAUAAAUUAAGAUAUGGUCAUGUGAAGUAUCAAGAUAAUGGCUAUUUAAUCCCCUAUAAUUUCAUAUCACAUACUGAUGUUAUAUUGGCAAAGUUUUCAUAUGAGUCAUCAAACUUAACUCUAAUGGCUACUUCCACUCCUCAUUCUGAAGUAUUACAUGAACAUGUAUAACUUCAUCGAAUGGUCACAUUUGAUUCCAUCGAAUCACUAGCUGUUACAUUUAAGAUAAUGCAACUUGUGUUGCUUGGAUGUCUACAGGCAUAAGACCAAUAUCACUAUAUUGCCUUCUAGAAAUGUUUGUUCCCACAAAAGUGAGGAGAUAAACACCUUGCAAGCCGAAUCAAGUGAUAACUUCGUGAGAUUUGUUCACAAAGUUCCAACCAAUUUCCACAUUUCACAAUAUGUUGUUGAGAUCGGUAUGCGAUGACUUUGAGAGUUGAAAGGUUCAGGGGGAGACUCCUCUUGAAACUAUAACCUGUUCAAAACAUCAUAUUGCACUCUUUUCCUCUAUUAUUUUUUCCUCACACAGGUUUCUCAUAGAAGGUUUUUAAUGAGGCAAUAUCAAUACAAGUUUAUAUGUCAUAUCUCUGAUUUUUUUCCCCACUGGGGUUUUUAUAUUGAGGUAUCUCAGACAUAAUACAUGUCAUAUCUUCUAUUUUCCCCCAUAAUGUUUUUUGAGAAGGUAUCAAAGACAUAUAAUUACAGUAAUGAUCCUCAUAUCAUAUUUAUCGUUCUCUAAACUUGGUUAUGGGUUUUUUCCCUUAUGAGUUUACAAUGAGACAAUAAUCAACAUAUGCCAUAUCAUUUUUCUCCUUACUUUCCCACUGGGUUCUAAAGAGUUUUUAAUGGUAUACCUACACAUAUUUCUUCCUUUUUUUUCCUACAGGGUUUUUGGAGGAUUCAAGAUAAACAUUGAUCUCAAAGAAGGAUUCGAUCUAGGGGGAGUGUUACAAAGUAUUUAGGAUACUAUCAUCCUCUCUUUACUCUCUUUUACACCCUCCUUAAUAGGUGUUUACUACCCCUAUUAUGGGUGGUUUAUGGCCUUCUUUAUUCCCCCUAUUGAUGGGGCUCAUGUAUAUAUACACAUAAAGGAUCAAUUGAAAAGACUUGCUCUUUGCAACAACACUUGUCUCAUUUUACUACCCCCAUAUUCAGGCACAGACCGCAACUGCAAGCUCCCCGGCCAGCUCAGUGCUAACUGACCGAACACAAAACAGCCGUGAUGGAAGCCGCCGUGUUCUGACCACUACCUUGAUUAUUCCGUUGAGACGUGUGAACAAGCUAGACGCAAAGCGUACGCUGGCCACUGAAAGCCAGACUUCGAAAGCAUGCCACCACCAUGGACUGACUAGCUAGCAGCUGUCGGUUCUUUAUCUCAAUUCGUCACUCGUCAGGACCACGGGGUCGCCUGUCCAUUUCGUACAAUUUCCGUGCAGAGCAGCAGCAAGUCUGGAUGGAAGCUGGGGUCGAAGCUCCAGGCCGGGGAUCCAUGGGGAAGAAGAAGACGUUCGUGCUCUACCCGUCGCUGGGCGUGGGCCACCUGAUCCCCAUGGUGGAGCUGGCCAAGCACCUCCUCCGCCGCGGCCACGGCGCGCUCAUCGCCGUGGUCGACCCGCCCGACGCCGACCCCGCGUCGGCCGCCGCGGUGGCGCGCCUCGCGGCGGCCAACCCGGCCAUCGCGUUCCGCCUCCUGCCGGCGCCGGCCAGCCCCGACGCCGGCGCGCACCCGGUGAAGCGCAGCCACGACACGCUCGCGCUCGCCAACCCCGCGCUGCGGGACCUCCUCCACUCGCUGCCCGCGGUCCACGCGCUCCUGCUCGACAUGUUCUGCGUCGACGCGCUAGACGUCGCGGCGGAGCUCGGCGUCCCAGCCUACUUCUUCUUCGCCUCCGCGGCCGGGGACCUCGCCGUCUUCCUCAACCUGCCGUACCUCUACCCCACACUCCCGUCGUUCAGGGAGAUGGGCAGGACGCUCGUGCGCUGCCCCGGGAUGCCGCCGAUCCGGGCGCUGGACAUGGUGAUCACGAUGCAGGACAAGGAGAGCGACCAGACCAAGGUUCGGCUGUACCAGUUCAAGCGCAUCCCGGAGGGCAGCGGCGUGCUGGUCAACAGCUUCGAUUGGUUGGAGCCCAGGGCCCUGAAGGCGCUCAGGGACGGCGUCUGCGUGCCCGGCCGGCCGACGCCGAGGGUCUACUGCAUCGGCCCGCUGGUCAACAACGGGAGGAAGGGAGGAGAGAGCGGCGAGACGCACGAGUGCCUCGCGUGGCUGGACACGCAGCCGGAGCGGAGCGUCGUGUUCCUCUGCUUCGGGAGCAAGGGCGCCUUCUCCGCCGCGCAAUUGCAGGAGAUUGCCCGCGGAUUGGAGAGCUCCGGCCACCGGUUCUUGUGGGCUGUGAGGAGCCCGCCGGAAGAAGGUGAUCGGUAUCCCGAACCGGACUUGGAGCGGCUGCUCCCGGCGGGGUUCCUGGAGAGGACGAAGGGCAGGGGAAUGGUGGUGAAAAACUGGGUCCCGCAGGCGGAGGUCGUGCAGCACGAGGCGGUCGGCGCAUUCGUGACGCACUGCGGGUGGAACUCCGCGCUCGAGGCGAUCAUGUCCGGGCUGCCGAUGAUAUGCUGGCCGCUGUACGCGGAGCAGGGGAUGAACAAGGUGUUCAUGGUGGAGGAGAUGAAGAUCGCGGUGGAGAUGCAGGGAUACGAGGAGCUUGUCAGCGCGGAGGAGGUGGAAGCCAAGGUGAGGCUGGUGAUGGAGACCGAGGAAGGGAAGGUCCUUCGGGAGAGGCUCGCGGUGGCUAGGGAGAAGGCAUUGGAAGCUACCAAGGAAGGCGGUUCCUCUGAAGUGGCACUCGCCGAGUUCUUGAGAGAUUUGGAGAAGAAGAGCAGCUACGGAGGGGGAGAACGCCCCUGAUCAGCUGACUCCUCAGUGCUAUACUUAAGGACCAGUUUGUUGGCAAAAGAACCGCCACAGGUAUGCUAGAUGCAGGAGGUCAUUUGAUUGUCAACUGUUAACUUUCUGAAUCAAGUCGCCGAUUAUUGUGCUUAUCUCGUAUAGCAUAUUGUGAUUUGUGCUGAAUGUUUUACUGAGUAAAGCUUGCAGUUUUUCAUUAGCCCCAGCUUGGAAGGGGCAGCUACUACA